AGCAUGGCUUGUUCUGCUGGAAUUCCGCCCCCUCCGCCAUUUUUGCCUACACCGGGCGCACCUGCAGUGCCAUGGCCGCAAUGGAAGCAAGUCUUCGUGAACUACUUGGAAGCAGUGGGAGGAGACGCUUUUCCUGCGAAGCGCCGUAAAGCAAUCCUGCUAAAUUCUCUUGGGGUCCAAGGACAGCGCAUUUUAUACGGCCUCCCGCCAGACACGAGCCCACCACCGCUACCCACAGCUUCGGGGUCAGACGACGCAAAGAAAGCGGACUCUGCUCUCGACGACUAUGACUUUGCAUUACGUGCCCUGGACAAACAUUUUAUUGCGACAACGAAUGAGCUCGUCGAGCGGCACCGGUUUCGCAGUCGUCGGCAGCUACCUGGUAUGCCAUUGCAGGAUUUCGUUACGAGCCUCCGAGAGCUAGCUUCGUCGUGUAGCUACGGCACGGCAACGGAUGAUGCAACUCGUGACCAGAUAGUCGAAGGCACUACAUCGCGACAACUUCGAGAACGACUUCUGUACGAAGGAACGUCUUGGACUCUGGGCCGUGCUAUCGAUAUUGGUAUUCAUCAAGAGAUGACGAAGCGAGAGCUGGAAAUAUUCGAUAGCAAGAAAGUACAAAGAGUGAACACACAGAGUAAGCACUGCGACUACAAGCAGCGUGACGGUAGGAACAAGCCGAGAGCAAUAUGUUAUCGUUGUGGAUCAACAUCGCAUUUCGCAAACAACGAAAAAUGCCCUACAAGACAGCAGCGUUGCAGGAAAUGCCACAAGCUUGGGCACUUCCAGGUUAUGUGCCAAUCGCGUAAAAAUGCAGAUGACAAGAACGUGCGCUAUUGCCAUAGGAAAGAUACGGCAGCAAAGGAUUCCCAAGCAGCACAAUGUACCGAAAGUCGAGUGCAAUAG